AUGCCUUUCGACAUUGACACCACUCGCCGGAAUAAGGCGCCUCGACCUCUCUCAGACUCGGAACGCGCCCGCGUAGAAGAGUUUAUCGACUCGAUCCACUACUCUGCCAGAUACUCCGACAGCGAAUACGAGUACCGUCACGUUCAACUCCCCAAAGCCAUGCUCAAGGCCAUUCCCAAAGAUUACCACGACUCUUCAAAGGGAACCCUCAAGCUUUUGUGGGAGGAUGAAUGGCGAGCUCUUGGCAUUACUCAGAGUCUAGGAUGGGAACACUACGAAGUCCACGAGCCAGAACCACACAUUCUUCUCUUCAAGCGACCGCUCAACUUCCAACCACCUCAGUAA